UGCCUUCAAUCCAUCGCCUGCUGUCGGAGGGUCCACAUCUCGGAUUUCUUUGUCAACUCUCCCGAAGUAUUGUGCAAUGUACUCUUCUACUUGUGGAGUCGUGGUUCGUGAACAUCAUCUUCACUCGCCUCAUUUUUACACGACGGGUUGUCACUUGCAUCGUUUAAUGUCCUUUCGAACAUUUUACUCCCGACCGCAUGGCCCCGGAUCGUUCAUCGUCUUUCCUUCUCCUAGUAUCAUCCCCUGCGUACUCCCCUAUAGUUCUAUGUUAUUUCCAGUAUAACCUUUUUCUCUUUUUUAAAUUAUCCUUCCAUUCCUGAAAAUCUAUUCAUCCCCUGAGACAGCCACGCAAUGUCAUUUCUGCUGCUGACUUUAGACCGGUACACUGUCCUAUUUACCACCGAGAAGAAAAUAUCUUUCGCCUUGAGAACUUCAUAUUAAAUCACCGUUCAUCUUCAAGACUACAGGACAUCCCACAAAAACAGUUCGACGGGUUUCAGUCGCAGCCCGAAGGAGAUAAAUCUAUACGAAGGGUUGUCAAAUUGGGUGAAAGCAUAAUUCACUCAGGGAAAUCAGAGUUGUCGACAGCCGCCUCCAAUGGUGAUAUCGAAUUGAUGAAGCGCCUGCUGAACUCCGCUGAGAGUCAUGAAGAAGUGCCAAAGAACAACAAAAAUAAGUUUGGGAGCAAAAUUAAAUGGAGAAAAGAGAUGUCCACUGCGAACCACGGUUACUUCGUUGUUGUCCAUGACAGUGACACUUCUACUACCUCCGACAAGUCCUUUCAGGAUAAAAAUCAAAACCAGGAACUAUCCUGCUUGAAAAGGCACGGCUCUGAAGAGACGACUACACCCGAGGGAAUGGACAAGCUCGAGUGGGAUAUGGAACUGGAGCAGUCAGUUGAAAACCCAGUUGAACAAGAUCAAGAUGAUGUAUGGUCUAGUCAGUAUCGAUGGUAUGCAAAAAUACUCGCCAGAAUUACUCAGAAUGUUGAGUACACUCCUUCAAAUUCAACAAAAUGUUCCAAUGUGAAUGACGUCAAUUUCCAAGAUCAGAUGGGUCGGUGUGCUAUUCAUUAUGCAGCAGAUGCUGGUCAUCUAGCGGCAGUUAAACUCCUACUGAAAUCAGGUUCAAAGGUGGAUGUCAGUGAUCUUGACAACUUAACCCCACUACAUUUGGCAGCAAAUCGUGGUGCAUUACCAGUGGUUCAAGCUCUUCUUGAGCAUGGCGCUCUAGUUGAUAAACGGUCCACAGAUAAAUUAACCCCUCUUCAUUAUGCAUCUUCCCGGGGUCAUACGGAUGUUGUAAUGACUCUUAUUAAAUUCCGGGCCAGUUUGGAUUCACUCGACAGCGGUGACCGGACGCCUUUAGCCUUAGCUGCAUCGAGAGAUCUAUACCAUGUUGUUAAAGUGUUAGUGGAAUCAGGUGCUAAAGUCAAUAUAGAAGAUGUAAAAGGGUAUACAUCACUGUGUGAAGCUGUUUGGCACAAGAAUGUCCCAAUGACACAACUAUUGCUUGACUAUGGAGCAAAACUUACCCCGACUCCGUACCUCCUGCACUAUGCAAUUCUUCAUAGGCACUUGGAAAUGGUUAAGGUUCUCUUAAAUGCUGGUGCGAUUGUAAAUAUAAGAGAUGACAGAGGUUCGACUCCUCUUAUUGUAGCUGUUAAAACAGCUCAACCUGAAAUUAUAAAACUUUUAUUAAACUAUGGUGCAUAUGUGGAUUUUUGUGGUGGGCUUUCUUGGAAAACACCAUUAAUAACAGCCAUUGAAAAUAAAGAAAAUCCUGACUUAAGAGUAAUUCCAGAGCUAAUAGAAGGGGGUGCUAAUAUUGAUAAAUCGUGCUGGUCUCUGACCCCUGUGGCAACAGCACUUUUAUUGGAGAAGAUAGAUGUGACUGUAAUGCUUUUAGCUUAUGGUGCAUCCUUAGACAUAGUUGAAGAUGGUAGCUCAGAUCCAAUGAACUUUGCUCGAUCCAUUAACAGUGUACAUUCUGUUCGUGCAAUGACAUAUGUCGGUAUUAACAGGUAUGACCUACGCAAAUGUGAUGACAUUAUCUUCAAUUAUGAUGCCUUGCAACAUGCAGCAAACUCGAUAUUGUCUUGCUCUGCCGGUGUGCACGAAUGGCUGCUUUAUCUCAAAUUUAAUCCAUUGAGACUCACCGAAAUAUCAAGGAUAGCAGUCCGUUUGCUGAAACCGCAAGAGAUGCUCAUGCCAAAAUUUGUUUCUUCGUUAGGACUUCCAUCAGUACUUGUAAACUACCUUAUGUUGUCUGACAUCCGGAUAAUUCCAGGCAUUAAUGGUCCAAGUGUUAGAUUACAGUGAGACAUUUCAAACAAUGGCUACAAUCGAGGUAACAUGUAUUAAUAUUAAAUUUUUGAAUUGACAAAAUGAUGUUAUCAAUGGAUCAGCGUCCAUUAAAUUCAGCGUAGAGUUGUUGUAACAAUGAGUAAAAGGUUUAUUUUAAAAGCAACUUAGAAGAAACUUAGAUUUCUAUUCACUAAUUUUUGCCUUGUUGGCUAAGGUCAUUUUCUCGAGGUCAUUACUAAUGAAAAUGGAAAAGUUAUAUUCAUCCCUUAUGCAACUGUCCGAUUACAGUUAGUGCAAUUACCAGGGCUCAGUAAAAAGGUGUUUGCUAUGUUAGAUCAUUUACAAGAAAAUUAGUCACUAUAUAUCAAUAUUUAUCAAAAUAUAAAGUUACACAGUUUAAUGCAACCAUGUAUAUUUCAAGGAGAAAAAGGAAAAACAGAAUAAUUUAACUUUGUGAGUAAUAUAACAGUAUAAAUUCUUUAAACAGUAAUUCAAUUAAGUGAUAGUGGAAUGAAUAUAACUAAUAACAUAUAACUAACUCUUCUCUCUGUGCAUCUUUGUAUUGAAUUCACUGACUUAAGCGGCCCAUAUACGCUCAAUACUAUUGCACAAUAUUUUGACGGAGGCCCUACACUGUACAAUAUUUUGAUUUGUGCAAUAAAUUGUAUCGUAUGCAGGCAAUAUUGAUGGUUGUGCAAUAUAUUGCACAAUUGCGAGCACAGAUGUACAACCUUCAAGGCAAUAUAUUGUGCAAUUAGUUCCAACCAGAAUUUCAUGUAGUGAAGUCAUGUUGAGUGAUAUUGAUUUGUGUUGUGUGAUUAUUGCUGUGGGGGGUGCCAGUGCGAAAAAGAAGUAGAGCUUGCAAAAAGGCAGGAAAUGGACCAAACAGUGGCUAAUUGAUAGGGAAAAGUACACCCACGAAAAAUUACUUAAUGAACUGAGAGUGUCUGAACCAGAUGACUUUCGCAACUUUUUACGGAUGAACGGCGAAAUAUUCGAUGAACUGCUCGCUUUGGUUACUCCUCAAAUUGAGAAAAAUGACACUAUCAUGCAUGAUGCUAUUCCUGCAAGUCAACGGUUAUCCAUAACCCUACGAUAUCCGUUUUAGUUCUUUUUGGAAGUUUGUUCUCAAAGAAUUAAUUUUUUUCACUACUUCUUGUUUAUCAGCCUCCGGAUAUUUUUCGCGGUAUUUUUCUAACAACACUUCAUACUGCUCCCCCUUCUUCGCACGAUUAGUAUAAUCUUUACACUUCACAUCCCACAGAGCUGGAAGGCCACGAUAAACGUCAAUCAAUUCGAAAAUGAAUUGCCUAUCAGCUUCCUUGGCAGCCAUGACGACGCGUACUCUACCAUGUGUUGAUACUGACUGAUGGGAUAUUGCGCAAUAUUGCCUACAGACGGCACAACCUUUUCCCGUUUGCACAAUAUAUUUUCAAGGAUUUGAAUUUAGCACAAUAUAUUGCACAACCUUUCAAUUUCGACUACACACAAUCAACUAUAUUGCGCAAUAAUAUAGCCACUUUAGUGUGUGUUUGUAACUUUUUAAAAAUUGAGCUGAUCAUUGUAAUGAUAACUAAGCUAUAAGGGGAUUGAAAAUUGUUAUGAAAUCAUAAUAAAAUGCCUAAUACAUCAAAUAGAUUGACCUUAAACUCCCAGAUGUUAGAUAUGUAGUUUUCAAAUUCUCUCCGGCCUUUCAAAUGUUUGGUUUGAAUGAGAAAAUUUUUCCCUCGUAUAAUAUUUCUAAGCAUAAUUUCUGGCAGAUGUUUUAGAACUAUUCAAGUCUUCCGAGAAAGUGAUCACAGUAUGAAACUUAGCAGAGUUGUGCUUAGUAGGUUUUGACAUUUUUAAAAAGAUAUUUUCAUUAUAAAUGAAAGACUCAUCAUUUAUUUCUGAAAACUUGUAAUCAUUUGUAACCCCGGGGUCCGGGAAGAAGAGGUAUGGGCUAAAUGAAUCGCGCUAAUUUCUAAUGCUAUUUUAUUCAACAGAACUAUGCAAUUUACAAUCAAGCGUCUUCUUAUGAACUACUUAUAGGUAAUUAAAACUCGGCAAAAGGGGGGAAGCUGGAUAGAACUACUAGGGUCUUAACAGGAAAUGAUUGGCGCCACCACUCUUAUCAAUACAGGCACUCACCGCUUAUUCCUGCCACGAGGAGAGUCCACCACAUCACACAAAUUUUAUUUCGAACUGUUCCCUCUGACUUCUCGACGUCUACUGACCCCUAUUGUUUCCGUUCACCCGAGGCCGGGUUGCUGACAUAGCACCUAGGUCCCCCUUUUGCCGACACUGUUUC